AUUGCAUCCCUGAACACGCACACAAUCAUUCACAACAUGCAGUGUUUUUACGAAAGCGUAGUUGAAAGACUUCACGUUUGUAUGUUACACUCGUUUGCAAGUGUGCUACCAACUACCACAAUACCACAGUACAACAUUGACGUUGAGUAAGGUGACGGGACGUCUACUCGAAUGGCGAUCGGUGAAAUAUAAAUGUAACUUUAUAUUGGAAGUAAUACAGAUUUCAUCGUUGUACUGUUUCUAUAAGUUAUAUUUGAAGGGAAUCUUAAUUGUGAGUGAAAAAAAGGAAACGUUAAACACGUACAAAGUACUCUCGUUAGUGGACUACUGUGAAUACCAAUAGACUUUUAAUUUGGCUAAUGUGCAAUGAUUACUGUUUUGAAUAUUAUUUGAUGAAUACAGUGUGAAACUUUAUCGACCGGACUCGGUUAGUGUGUUAUUAAUUGUAUAAUUUGGUGAAAAUGAUCAGUGUUAUUACGUUCCAUAACCUCAAUCGUUGCGGGGCUUUGUGAAUACGUCGUCUGUUUAUCGUCGCCAAGUGCGAGGUCUGCUGAGGAAGUUUAAUCUAUCUGUUAUAUAUGAUUCAACGCGAGUAUCAAAUGAACAACGGGUUUAGUACAGGAGAGGAAGACUCUAGAGGCAAUUCUGAUCAAAUAUGUUGCCUUGUGGAUGACGGGGAUCGCUGUAGGCGACCCGCUGGCAACGCCUCGUAUAGCAAGCGCGUACAAAAGACAGUGGCUCAGAGAAGGCUUAAACUCAACAUUGAUCAUCAAGCAAGGCAUACUUAUAUCUGCGAUUUUCACAAAAACAUGAUACAAUGUGCAAGAACAAAACAAAGGAGGCCUAAAGACUCUGAAGACGAUAGCAAUGAGGCAGAGAUGGAUUAUCCAGAGAUUGACUGGUAUCAUCUGCAAGUAAAUACAUUGAGGCGGUACAAAAGACAUUACAAGGUCCCAACAAGGCCAGGGAUAAAUAAAGUGCAAUUAGCUGAUGCUAUCCAGAAACACUUCAAAUCACUCCCCGUCAAUGAGAAAGAGAUAAUGACUUAUUUUAUUUAUAUGGUGAAAACAAAUGGUAAUAAAUUGAAUCAGAAGAAUGGAAUAAAUUUAGAUUCAGUGUAAAUGUGUGUGUAAAUGAACUAUUAUUUUUUAACUAUAGCUGUAGUAUGUUUAUCUUCCACUCAUUUCAAUGGACAUUUUAGAAUAGUUGAAAAGUUGUAUCCAAAUAUGUAUACAAGCAGAUCACCCUGUUUAUAUCAUGAUAAAAAAUAAAUAACAUUAUAUUUAUGAUUUAAAUGAAAUUGAAAUAAAAUUAAGACAUAAAUUACACAUGUAAUGUUUUUUUGUAAAUGUAUUUUAUUAAUCAAUUUUUUUGCAUGUAAAAGACCAUACUUUUUGUGGUUUUUCAUGAAAUUGCGCACUGUAUACAUCUAUAUUGUAAAUAAAUGUGUUAUUUUUAAACUUUUGUUUGAACAUAAUCACAAAUCGAGUCAUCUAAAGAAAAAUUACCUCUGUUAAGGGAUAUAAAGGAUGUAACUCUUUUCAAUGGAUAGAUAAAAUGUCUUUCAAAUUUAAUUUCCAUAUAGUUUAAUUAGACUGAAACUU